AUGGCCGCCUUUGAAGGAGCAGAUCGAAGGCUUUGGUGCGAUUUGUUAUCUUCUGAUAAGUACAGAAACGCCGAGAAUUUUAAAGAAAACCUAAGAAAACAUAAGUUCGCAUCAUUUCUCUAUAAUGGUGGUAACAAUAGCUAUUUCUUUGAUUUAUUUCAGUCUCCAUGUACUCCCUAUCCAUGCAAAAAUGGAGGAACCUGCAUCCCGAAUUACAAGAAAGAUUGUUAUGAUUGUCUCUGUGGAGAAAGUUUCUUGGGGAACAAUUGCGAGAGAGGAGAGGAUGGCAAUGGAAACCUAACGGCAGAAGCCAUGAUAGCUUUUAUGAAUAUCGCCUUUCUGGUUUCCCUGUUCCUGCUAAACUCAGAUCGCAUUCAGAAAGCCAUUGAGAUAUGCAGCGAAUGUUUGAUUUUGCUAAAUGACAUCGAUCAAAACAGCAAAGACCGAUUUAAUUCACAACUGCUACUACUUUACAGUGCCAUCUGUAACGUUCUUUUUAGCGCAUAUCGUCGUAUCUCUGACUACAUAAAUGCAGAAAGAUACGGCAGAAAACUGCUUGUCUUAUACAGCGAGUCUGGUGACUUAGUAAAAGAAGGAGAUGUAAGCAUAGCUCUAGCAGAGAUUUUUGAGAGUCAAAACAGGUUUACAGAGGCCAAACAACUUUACGAAAAAGCAAUUAAUAUAAAGAGACAAACCGGUGAGAAAAUUGGAGAAGCAAGCGCCUGCGAAACACUGGGAAUUAUGUUUUAUAAACUUGGCGAAAACCUAAAGGCAACGGAGUAUGUUGAGAGAGCCCUUGCCAUAAAAAACGAAAUUGGGGACAGGAGAGGAGAAGCAUCCUGUUACUGUACCCUAGGAGCUACUGUGUUCGAGUCUUUAGGGCAAUACGACAAGGCUAAAGAGUAUCUCCAAAAAGCGCUUGUCAUCAGAACUGAGAUUGGCGACAGAAAAGGAGAAGCAGCUGUCUACGGAAGCCUAGGUAACUUGUUUGCAUCUCUUGGGCAAUACGGAAAGGCUAAAGAACAUCUCCAAAAAGCACUUAUCAUCAGCACUGAGAUUGGUGAUAGAAAAGGAGAGGCAGCUGACUACGGAAGCCUAGGCUCUGUGUUUUGGUCGCUCGGGCAAUACGACAAGGCUGAAGAGUGUUUCCAAAAAGCACUUAUCAUCAGUACUGAGAUUGGUGAUAGAAAAGGAGAGGCAGCUGACUACGGAAGCCUAGGCUCUGUGUUUGGGUCGCUCGGGCAAUACGACAAGGCUGAAGAGUGUCUCCAAAAAGCGCUUAUCAUCACAGCUGAGAUUGGUGAUAAAAAAGGAGAAGCAAUAUGCUAUGGAAACCAAGGGGUGUUGCUUCAAUCGCUCGGGCAAAAUGAAAAGGCUAAAGAAUAUCUUCAUAGAGCGCUUGUCAUCAGAACUGAGAUUGGCGACAGAGAAGGAGAGGCUGCUGACUACGGAAACCUAGGUACUGUGUUUGACUCACUCGGGCAAUACGGAAAGGCUAAAGAAUAUUUCCAAAAAGCGCUUGUCAUCCAAACUGAAAUUGGCGACAGGAAAGGUGAAACAGCUACCUACAGAAACCUAGGUAUGGUGUUUCAGUCGCUCGGGCAAUGCGAUAAGGCUAAAGAUUAUCUCCAAAAAGCGCUUGUCAUCAGAACUGAGAUUGGCGACAGAAAAGGAGAAGCAACAUGUCAUGGAAACCUAGGUACUGUGUUUAAGUCUUUAGGGCAGUACAACAAGGCUAAAGAGCAUCUCCAGAAAGCCCUUGCCAUCAGAAAUGAGAUUGGUGAUAGAAAAGGAGAAGCAGCUGACUACGUAAAGCUAGGAGCUGUGUUUGAGUCGCUCGGGCAAUGCGACAAGGCUAAAGAGUAUCUCCAAAAAGCACUUGACAUCAGAAUUGACAUUGGCGACAGAAGAGGAGAAGCAUUAUGUUAUGAAAACCUAGGUACUGUGUUUCACUCGCUCGGGCAGUACGACAAAGCGAAAGAGUAUCUCCAAAAAUCGCUUGUCAUUAGAACUGAGAUUAGCGACAGAGAAGGAAAGGCUGCUGACUACGGAAACCUAGGAGCUGUGUUUGAGUCGCUCGGGCAAUGCGACAAGGCUAAAGAGUAUCUCCAAAAAGCACUUGACAUCAGAAUUGACAUUGGCGACAGAAGAGGAGAAGCAUUAUGUUAUGCAAACCUAGGUAAUGUGUUGCGGUUGCUCGGACAGUACGACGAGGCUAAAGAGUAUCUCCAAAAAGCGCUUGUCAUAACAACUGAAAUUGGCGACAGAAAUGGAGAAGCAUCAUGUUAUGGAAACCUAGGUAAUGUGUUUAAGUCGCUUGGCCAAUACGACAAGGCUGAAGAAUAUCACCAAAAAGCGCUUGUCAUCAGAACUGAAAUUGGCGACAGAGGAGGGGAGGCAUCAUGUUAUGGAAACCUAGGUACUGUGUUUAAGUCGCUUGGCCAAUACGACAAGGCUGAAGAAUAUCACCAAAAAGCGCUUGUCAUCACAACUGAAAUUGGCGACAGAGAAGGGGAGGCAACUAACUACGGAAACCUAGGUACUGUGUUUAAGUUGCUUGGCCAAUACGACAAGGCUGAAGAAUAUCUCCAAAAAGCGCUUGUCAUCACAACUGAAAUUGGCGACAGACCAAAGGAAGCAUCAUGUUAUGGAAACCUAGGUACUGUGUUUGGGUCGCUUGGCCAAUACGACAAGGCUAAAGAAUAUCACCAAAAAGCGCUUGUCAUCAGAACUGAAAUUGGCUACAGAGAAGGGGAGGCAACUGACUACGGAAACCUUGGAAUUGUGUUUAGAACUGUUGGUGAUUUUGAAGCUUCGGAAGUAUGCUUGGAGAAAGCUUUAUUGAUAUUUAGAGAUAUUGGAGAUGGAAGAAAAGAGUUUGAUAUCCUUCUAGGUUACGCCGUUUUGUAUUUAUACCAAUAUAAAAUCAAAGACUCCUUGUUGUGUCUUCAUCUGUGCAUUGAAAAGUAUGAGGAGCUGAGAUAUUUCUUGGGCGCCAAUGAUCAGUUCAAAACAUCAUUUCUGGAGCACACAGGAAUGUUCCCCUACAAGCUGCUUUGUACUUUGCUUUGUGACACCGGAAAUGCUCGGGAUGCUCUUUAUGUUGAGGAGUUGGGUCGAGCUAGAGGCCUAUCAGACUUAAUGGCAGAGAAGUACUCGGUUGAAACGCACAUCUCUGCUAAUCCACAAUCUUGGGUUGGCAUUGAGAACAUUUUAAGAAAGAAAAAUAACUGUACUUGUCUGUACAUUUCUUAUUUUCAGAAUCGUCUGCAUUUGUGGAUCUUGAAAACAAGUGGAGUCCUUCACUAUAGAAGAGUAUCACCAGAAGAGAAUCUAGUUCAGGCUGGGUUGCCCAAAGAUUUGUCUUUGAGUCAAUUUUUGGAUGAUAAUUUCCGGAGUCUUGGUAUUUUGCCUACUAAAGAUUGUGAAGAUCGGUCUUUAAAUACGAUUAAACUGCAACCUCUCUCCCCCGCACAAAAGAGCUCAGCAAGAUUGCGACUCGUGGAGGAGGACGAGGACGAGGACGAGGACGAGAAAGUGAUUUCAAGUCUAUCUUUGUGUUACAAAAUGUUUAUUGCUCCCGUUAAUGAUUUUCUUGAGGAGCCUGAAGUCAUUAUUGUUCCUGACCGCAGGUUGUACAAAGUUCCUUUUGCUGCCCUGAGUGAAAAGGAGGGAGCCGAAUACCUAUCGGAGACUCAUAGGAUCCGUGUCAUUCCUUCUUUGACGACGCUAAAGAUCAUUCAAGAUAGUCCAGAAGACUAUCACAGCAACACUGGUGCCUUGGUAAUAGGCAAUCCCAAGGUUGAUGGGCUGCAACCAUUGCCAGGUGCAAGAAAAGAAGCGGAGAUGGUCGGACGACUGGUGGGUGUUCCACCUCUAGUUGAAGAGAAAGCAACGAAGCAGGCGGUACUUGAGCGGAUAAGUUCAGUGAGCUUGAUACACUUUGCUGCCCAUGGUAACGCGGAAAGAGGAGAAAUUGCACUCUCCCCCAUUCCUACUCCCAACAGUGGAAACGCUAUCCCACCGCAGGAAGCUUACAUGUUGACGAUGGCUGAUGUCUCACGAGUGAAAGUCAGAGCUAAACUGGUGGUACUUAGCUGCUGUCACAGUGGAAGUGGAGAGAUAAGAGCCGAAGGAGUUAUAGGAAUUGCCCGUGCGUUCUUAGGAUCUGGUGCUCGCUCUGUAUUGGUAGCGCUGUGGGUCAUUCCAGACUCAGCUACAGAGAAGCUGAUGGGUCGGUUCUACGAACACCUCAUUGAAGGAGAAAGUGCCAGUGAAUCCCUUCAUCAGGCCAUGAAGUGGAUGAGAAAAAACGGCUUGAACAAAAUGUCUGAGUGGGCGUCGUUUACGCUGAUUGGAGAUGAUGUGAGACUCGAGUUUGACAAGCAGCGGCAAGACUCAGUGAGAACAGUACAGGAAGAAAGACCCCGACAGAGUAAAUAAUGACAAGAACUCGAAGGGAACAGAG